AUGUCGACAAUAUCAAACCAGCAUGCGCUCUCUGGCGUCGAGGGUACACACACGGACGCCACAGAAAACGCGCGAUAUUCUGCGCCCUCGCCACCACGCGCAAAAUUCGAUGCGGCACAGCUGCAGCCGCACCUGACGACCACUCUCAACUCGCGCCUGCGCCACGCCACGUGGGACAAGUCGGACAAAGAGCGCAACCGUGCACUCAGCCGAUCCAUCGCCGAACUCGUCAAGGCCAAGAUGCUGGGUGCGUGUUUGCUCUUUCAACGCUCACCGCCUCUUGCAGCUGCUUUACUGACCGCGAGCUUGGAGCUUGCACUGCGACAGAGAUCGAGCCAAAAGGUAGCGCGCACAGUCUCGAUUCCGAGCCAGGGUGGCACACCAAGCUCACUCUCAUCUCUCUCUGCGGCAGGCUUCAAGUAUAUUGUGCAGGUGCAGCUCGUCGAGAACCUCGGCCAGGGCGGAAGGUGCGUCGCGCUCCUACACCACAUUGGCAUUCAACCCGGCGCUGACACCCUCUUCUCCCAUUGUGCCAUGGCAUGA